GCACGAGAGUUAGUACCGAACCGUAUCUCGGCCGGAGCUCUAUACUGAUCAUAUCCAGACUCAAACUAUAUAGCACGCGAUAUAUAUGUAUAUAGUACACACAUACAAUAUAGCACUUCGGUCCUUUGAGAAGUAUUCGCCGCCGGCCUUUGCCACCGCCCCCAAGUCUCGCUCACUUCUAAAGCUCCGAAUGACUCUUUCAUGAGCGUAACUAAAUUGCGCCUUCCUGUGUGACACUGCCUGUGACUUCCAACAAAGUUUCUGGACUAUAUAAUUACAUCCUUGACGCACGCAUAUUCCACGUCCUGCGAGACUCGAAUACCAUUCUCGCAUUUGCUGCAGCUUCAAACUGAUUGUAUUGGAGGAUGUGAAUUCAAAUGUCCUUGUAACAGAAUGCCGAGGAGAUUCAGAGUUCUUUUGGCUGUGAUUGUGUGCUGUGUGGCAUCUUUGGUGAGCAGCUGCCCCGAAUCCUGCGUAUGCAAAUGGAAGAACGGCAAGCAAACGGUGGAAUGCUCGGACCGUGGUCUUCUGGUGGUACCGGAAGGUAUGGACACCGGCACCCAGGUCUUAGAAUUCGCAGGAAACAAUCUACGCCAUCUUCCGGAUGAGAAAUUCUCGAAGAUGGAGUUAAUCAAUCUCCAAAGGAUAUACCUGUCAAGAUGUCAGAUCACAACGAUAGAUGAGCACACUUUCAAAGGGUUGACUAAUUUGGUGGAAUUGGAUUUGUCUGAGAACGGAUUAGAAAUAGUUCCUUCCGCUGCUUUUUCCGAUUGUCUGUCAUUAAUGAGGUUGAGUUUAAGCGCGAAUCCUAUUAGGAUUUUAAAGCGAGAUGGCUUCAAUAAACUCAGGUAUUUGAGCACUUUGGAGAUGAGCCGAUGCGAGUUGGAGGAGGUUGAAGAUGGAGCUUUCGAUGGUUUGAAGAGUUUGGAGUGGUUGAGGCUCGAUGGAAACAAGUUGAAGACGAUUCCGGACGGAUUCCCGGUGGGUGUAAAAGGUGUCGAGCUGCAAGGGAAUCCUUGGGAAUGCGAUUGUCAUCUGCUGGAGUUCCGAGGUUGGCUGGAGUCUUUCAGCGUUCCGCAUUCGGUACAGCCCGUUUGCAGCGGUCCGUCGAAGCUGGCGCUUCGUCCUUUAAAAUCGAUACCACCGAAGGAGCUCGCCUGUCUACCCGACGUCUCCCCGACUACGUUCUAUCUGGAGAUCGGUGAAGGAAAGAACGUAUCCCUUCUGUGUCAAAUUAAUGCCGUUCCGGAGGCGCACGUCUCGUGGCGCUUCCACGACCAAAUUCUUCAGAACGACUCGAUGGUCAGCCCCGGUACAAGACUUAUUUACUACGUCGAGGAAGGCGGAGAGGAUAAAAAAAGCGAGCUGUUCAUUUAUAAUACGAAUCGCGAGGAUAACGGGACGUUCAUUUGCAGCGCCGAAAACGCGGCUGGAAUCGUACAAUCCAAUUACACGAUACGCAUCGUCCUCAAAGAAGAACCGGAUUAUGAAGUUGUCGUUUUACCAUUCGAGUUUAUCCUCAUAAUACUCUCGGCCACGGGAAUAUCCUUCUUGAUCAUCUGCGUAGCCCUAAUCCUCUCGAUAGUUAAAUGUCAAGCUGCAAAACGGAAGGCCAAGGAGAGCAGCAACCUGAUCAUCAGCAACUCCACCAAAGACAGCUUCUUCCAAGACAGCGUUGACGAAUACUCGGACAUCUCCAAAGAGAGCAGCAACGUAACGCUAAUGGACAGGCAGCAAGCUCUGAUAUACAGUAACGAGAUGAACCCUUCGGUUAUGAUCCCAAUAAACAAUCCUCCACUCUUGAGCUGUUAUCAAUUGGAGCAGAACCCUGACCUCAUCAACGAUACAGGAAGAAGACGCGAAGGAGGAGACGGGCAAGAUGAAACAGAAUGCGACUUCCUCGAAAAGGGAUGUAACUAUCGACUCACCGCCGACGUUCACCUGAAUCCUGUCGGACUUUUGAACACGUCCGCCCCCCUUUUCCCAUCCUGCUACCGCACCCUACCCUACGCCAGGGCCUCCCCAAAUUCAGCGCCCUCGCAGAGCAGAGAUGCCGAGCUUCUGGCUUACGGGCAUUUCACCCCUUCCGUUAGGCACACAGCGGAUGGUUAUCCUGCAAGACACGAAGAGUUUGAGACGCCCUUCUGUGUAGGCUCGCCACAGCUCAAAUGCAAAGAUGUUAAGUCAGUUGGAGCACAAACCCAAACUGAUCUUUCGCCUGAUUCCAUCGAGGCCACGGAUCAACAGUAAAUGUAAUCAUUAUUAAAAGUGUAGUGUGAUAUAAAUUAUAAUCAAUUAAAAAAAUA